AUGAGAGGCUUGGAGUCGUUGGAUCUCAGCUUCAACUCUUUCACAGGAGAGAUCCCAGCAUCAUUGACUUCUUCAUUGGACUACCUUUCUAUAUUGAAUUUGUCUUACAAUAAUUUGAGUGGGAGGAUUCCAACGGGGAUGCAUUUUGAUACAUUGAAGGGAGAUGGAGAUGGGGACGGAUCACCUUUCAUUGGAAAUGCUCUUCUCUGUGGCGCACCUUUGGAGAAGACAUGUAAUGAAACUGGACCCAUUGGUUCUGGUGGUGGGGUGGAUGAUAUAGAAGUUGGGGCUGAAAGAGAAGACUUACCAUUUUACUUAGCUUUAAUUUUGGGCUAUGUAUUUGGGUUUUGGGCACUUUUCGGGGUUUUAGUUCUGAUGAAAAAUGGAUGGUUCUGGAAAUCAUAUUGGAGGAUGGUUGAUAUGAUGGCAUUGAGGAUCUUUCACUAUCUAUGUAAUUCUAUGUAA